AUGCUGCUACGGCGGCAAAAGCGGCAAGCCAUUAUGGCGGAGCUGGAAAGGCGGAUCAUCGCUGCAGCGACGAUCCAGCGUGGCUGGAGGAAUUACUUCCGCUGGAAGUGGAUGAUGAGGGACGUGCGCCUCAAGGAGCAAGAGUUCAAGAGGCAGGGGUUCAGGAGGGAGUACGCACAGAUGGAACUGGCGUUCUGGUGGCGGCGGGUUCGCGUGAAGCACUUCAAGAGGACGGUGCUGAGGCAGCUGAUGGUAGCGCGAAAGGCCGUCAACGUGAUCAAGGCAAGAAGAGGAGCAGAUGGCCUUAUUCUGCAGCGGAGCUCAAUUGCAAGAGCCUACCGGAGCUACAUGGUGCGGACGCUAGCAGUUCGAGCGAAGAAGAAGGCCAUCGCGAUGCGGUGUAGAUGGCGGCGUAUUUACCUGGGGAUCAAGAGACUUCCCCGCCCCGAAGACACGGCUAGGAUUCAGAUGAUACUGAGGAGGUUCAUCAGGAGACGGAAGAGAAACAAGGCAGCUACGGACAUCCAGCGUGUGUACAGGGGGGUGCAGGCUAGGCGCAUCUACGUCGUCAAGCUCGCCCGCAUGUACACCAUCAACGCCAUCAACAUCCAGAGGGUGGGCAGGGGACACAUCGCGAGGAGGGGAGAGGUCAGGGAUGUCCUGGAGGCCAACCACGCCUCGAGGGUCAUCACAAAGGCGCUCCACACCUACAUAAGGAACAAGGCGUUCCGGGACAUGGUGAAGGAAACUCGGGCAAGGAGGGCAAGGUUCGAGCGCCUCCAGCGAGAGGCCUUGAUACGGCAGCGGGCGGAGGCGACUCUGCGACAGGCGUUCCUCAUGAACCAGGAGAAAGCGGCCAAGGCGAUACAGUCGCGAUGGAGGCGGCGGCAGGCCAACAGGCGGAGAGAGGAGGCAAGGCUCCUACAGGUCGAGAUGGACCAGAGACUCGCGCUCGAUAAGAAACUCCGGCAGAAGAAAAUCGAGGAGCUCAAGAAACUGCAGAGAAGCGCGUCCCCUGCGAAAAAAGUGGGCGGUGUGCUGUCGGCCCUCGGACGGAAGCUGAACAAGCUUACCGCGCAGGAGGACCCCGAACUGGCGACGGAGGAUCAUAUCGCGAUCGAAGAAGACGAGGAUGACGAGGAAGAGAGGCCAAAGAGCUCCGCGACAACCCUCCUUGGCAAAAUGAGAGGCAUGACAGAAGAGGAGAAGGCGGAGAACGCGAAGCAGGACACCGACGUGCUGGCCAACUCCAUCCUCAACCACCAGACCAACUCCAACUUGCAGGUGGGAAUCUGCGGGAUCCACGUCACCGUGGGCAAGAAAGAAGAGAAGGCCUUCAUGGAGGCUCAGGACUACCUCAAGGCCACAAAGCAGGAGCACAUGGCGGCAGUGGAGGGAGACUUGAGCGGCAAGAAGCAGCUGAACGUGCGCCUCUGGCUCAAGAUGGGGCAGGGGGAUGGUGUGGUGACGGAUGUUAAGAUCCACAAGGCCCCGCCCAACCACGCCAACUCGGCCGUAGCAAAGGUGCGGAAAAAAGAAGCGCAGCUGGCGUCCCGUAUGCUCGUCGGACACAACCGCUGCGACUUGGAGCUCAUGUGCAAGGUCCUCAGUCGGACCGAGGGGCCCGCCCCUGCGGUGGAUGACCUCGUCUUCUGCCCCAACAAGACCGGCGAGGCCGACCUGCUGGGCCGGGGCUAUGAACGCGUGGAGCCGAUGCUGAAAGCGGUUGGUCUAGGAAAGGGUUUCCUGUUCAUUCACCGAAAGACCCAUAAGACGCGGCCGAAGAAGCUUGAUGUGGCCAAGUACCGCCUGCGGAAGAGCGGAUGGUUCACGUCUCGCACGGCCCUGCUGCUGGAGAAGUACGCUCUCAGCGAGGAGGAGCUGGUGGCGUUGCAUGCCAUUUUCAGCGAAACUGACUUCAAGGGAAAUUCCACGAUGGACGUCUACUCCUUCUUUUCAGAGAUUGGAGAGGAUGAGACGCAGUACGGACACUGGCUGCUCCAGGCGGUAGGGGCGGGAGGGCAGCAGAACCGUGACAUAACGUGGGACCAGUACUUGGAGGUGGUGUGCUUCUUCAGCAUGUUCAGCCGACGAGAGGUCCUCCGCUUCGCGUUCGGCUCCCUCGAUCCGGGAAUGCGGGGGUACCUCGACGAGAGCGACUUCCAGAGGUUCUUGACUGCGGUCUUCCAGCACGAGUCAGGCAUCCCCGGCAACUACAACGGCAAGGCGAAGAGGGGCUUCAGCAGGCUGGCCAACAGCGGAACACAGCUCGAUUUCCCGCAGUUCGAAAAGUUGUGCGCCCAGUACCCUCGCCUGCCUCACCCCAUCUACCGGCUGCAAACGGCGAUCCACAAGCACAACCUCGGAGAGAGCUUUUGGGACCAGAAGAGAGAGAUCUUCACCAACGCCCGUGUCGCUGUAGGUGUUGAAAAAAAUUACUAG